AUGAAGACUAUCUUUUAUGUCAUAGACCCAGAUGGCGAUGUUGAGCUCGUUUUGAGAGAACCGAAUUCUCACCAGAUCAUCCCUGAAAUCCACUCCGAUGAUUCCUCAACUCACUCUGAUCUGCCGGACUGCUGCUUUGACAACCCGCCUGUAUCUGGCCGUUACAACGUCUUCAAUGAGCUCUACAGCAAAUCGACGACCGCUGUUGGUACUCAGAAGGAUAAAGAGGAUCAUGAGCCGCGGGAAGUCCGCAUGCGCAUCUCUUCGAAACACCUGUCCUUCGUUUCCAGCACAUUCCGCGAUGAUCUACUCGCUUCAUCCAACAAAGAUGCUCCUGUUCAAUGUUCUGCUUGUUCUUCUCCUCCUUCUCGACCUUUUACCAGGGUUUACACGAUCGGCUGGGAUGCCUUGGCCCUCGCCAUUGUGCUUGAUGCCAUUCAUGGACGUCACGCAGAGAUCCCUCGAGUCAUCAACCUCGGACUUCUUGCCCGCAUCACAACCGUAGUUGACCACUACAAAUGCCAGGAGGUAAUUCACGUCUUCUUCGAUCAUUGGCAGAGCGAUAUCUUUCGUCAAGCUGGUUUCCCUACACUUCUCUCUAAGACAGCUCUUCUGUGGUUGUACAUCUGCAUGGUCUUCCCAGGACUGGAGGGCAUCUUCGCAUCCAUAGCUUGCACGGUGGUGUCGCACUUCAAAGGCUCUGCUCAAAUCACUGCUCGAAUGCUUCCAAUCACAACCACUCUCGGAAAGCUCAACGAAAAAAGACUCGAGCUCAUCAAACAGAUCAAGGAUGGUCUUCAAGACGUGCACAAUUCACUCCUCCAAGAAUCAGGAUGUGUCCGAGGCGAUCGUCUUUGCUCUUCGCUCACGCUUGGUGUGUUAGUUCACAUGAUACACCAACACGAACAUGCCGAGCCUCCCUUCAUCGCCCCCUUCGACGGGUACAGUGUUUCCACGGCGCUGAAGCUAGUUCAAGAGUGCUCUGAGCCGAUGCCGCGACAUGGCAAUCCCAGACACAUUGAACCCUACGAUGGUAGAAUCGACCCUUGCAGCAUCAGAGGGAGAAUGACGCCAGUGAUUCAGAAAGUUGAAGCGGAGCUCUACCGUAUGCGCCCGGCUGACUUCAAAGACUAG